AUGCCUGCAUUGGCACCUUUAGAUGAUGAUGAGGAUGAUCUUUAUAUGACUCCUCCACCUGUGACUGCACAUAAUGAGAAUGCCAAUAAUAGUGAAGAUGAGGAUGAUCUCUAUAUGACUCCUCCACCUGAGAAUCUCAAUAGGCAUGUGGUUUUAUUUAAAUUUUUGAUGGUCAUUGGCUAA